CGCCAUGUUAUAUGCGAAAGCCUUUUGCUAGACAAACCUGAUUGUUGAGUCCAGGUUGCGACGACAUACCCUUGAAUGCUUGCUCGAGGCUAUCACGUGAAGUACCUAGGCAGCAACUGAUCCAGUUGUGAUGAGUGGAUUGGCGGUGCUGAAACUUAAUACCUACCUAGGUUGUCAAUUGACAGGACGCGCCAACUUUCUUUCCAUAACAUGUUGUCCAUCUUACGCAAGGCAAGGUUGAAGGAUAAGGAGAUGCGAAUAUUGAUGCUGGGUCUUGAUAAUGCGGGGAAGACAACGAUUGUCAAGAAGAUAAUGAACGAGGAUGUCAACACCGUCAGCCCGACACUAGGCUUCAUCAUCAAGACAAUUGACUACGAGGGGUACAAGCUGAAUAUCUGGGAUGUGGGCGGUCAGAAAACCCUGCGCUCAUACUGGCGCAACUACUUUGAGAAGACGGACGCCUUGAUCUGGGUGGUGGAUGCGACGGAUCGGUUACGCAUUGACGACUGUCGCGACGAGUUGCAUGGGCUGCUGCAGGAAGAGCGACUCUCGGGCGCAAGCCUUCUCGUCUUUGCCAACAAGACGGAUGUCCAGGGCUGCAUGGAUGAGACGGAGAUCUUGCAGGGUCUGCAGCUUAAAGCAAUCCGCUCACACCGGUGGUAUGUCUUGCGAUGUAGCGCCAUAACAGGCGAGAAUCUACGGGAAGGACUUGCAUGGGUUGUAGAAGAUGCGAAGGCAAGGUUGUUCUUGUAUUGAUACACAAAACAUAUGGGAUGCAGCCAUCUCACCGGAAUAACCUUUGGAUUCACAUUGACAAUAUGGACACACGCGACAAGUCCAUUGAACUAUUUCGUUCCCUUACAUGUAAAUAUAUGUGCGAGGGAGAAAAAAAGGUGAGCAACUAUAGAGAAUACCUAAAUAAAUAGUGCGUGUCUACAAGAAAAUGCCCCAUUAAAGGUACAAUAUACAAUGCGAAAGACAUAGCAACUACUAUAGCGACAGGGAGUAAAACAACAAUUGGAAAACUAAUCGAGUCAUUCAACUACCUAGGUAUUGGUCCAGCAAGAUCG